AUAUUUCAGAGAACCGAAAAUAGCUCCAUUCGCUAUCCUCUUCUUCUUCUCCCUUAUCUUCUCCACUAUUUAUGUAACCAUCUUUCGUCACUUCUUUAUCGGCUCAGAAAUGAGCUUCAAUCAAGUGAAGGAGAAGGAAGAGGAGGAGGAUCGUCGUGGAGGAGUUGUUCGAUUUCCGCUUCCGAUGAUGGACGGUGUUAUCGGACUCGUUAAUCGUAUUAAACAUGCUUGUUCUCUCAUUGAAGAUCAAGGUUAUGAGAAUGCGGUUCCUACACUAUGCGACUCUCUCCCUACCAUCGUUGUCGUUGGAGGCCAGAGCUCGGGAAAAUCGUCAGUUUUGGAAAGUAUCGUUGGUAGGGAUUUUCUUCCUCGAGGAUCAGGCAUUGUCACAAGGAGGCCAUUGGUAUUGCAAUUGUAUAAGCUAAAUGAUGGAGGCGAGGACUAUGCACAAUUUCUUCACUUGGGGAACAAAAAUUUCACAGAUUUCUCUUUAGUACGAAAAGAAAUUCAGCAAGAAACAGACAGAGAAAUUGGCAAGGGGAGACAGAUCUCCUCUCUUACCAUUACUCUCAGUAUCUACUCUUCCAAUGCUGUUAAUUUGACAUUGGUGGAUUUGCCAGGCUUAACAAAUGUUGCUAUAGCUGGACAGCCAGAGAGCAUCGUUCAAGACAUUGCAGAUAUGGUUCGCUCCUAUGUAGUGAAGCCAAAUAGUCUUAUUUUGGCAAUAACUCCAGCAAAUCAAGAUAUCGCAACAUCGGAUGCCAUCAAACUUGUUCGAGAAGUUGAUCCAACAGGUGAAAGGACCAUUGGUGUAUUGACGAAGCUAGAUUUGAUGGACAAGGGAACAAAUGCUUUGGAAGUCCUUGAAGGAAGAUCUUACAGGCUAAAACAACCUUGGGUUGGAGUAGUGAAUCGUUCACAGGCAGACAUAAAUGGAAAUGUUGACAUGCUUGCUGCCAGACGUAAGGAGUGUGAAUUCUUUGCCACGAGUCCUGAUUAUGGACAUUUAGCUAGCAGAAUGGGAUCAAAAUAUCUUGCAAAACUUCUAUCCAAGUAUCUAGAGUCUAUAAUAGAAACCCGUAUACCAAACGUUAAAAAAUUCAUCAACCUAAGCAUUGAUGAACUUGAGAAAGAGCUCUAUCACCUUGGUAAACCUGUUGCUUCAGAUUCAAAUGCUCAACUAUAUUUCAUUUUGGAACUUUGCCGUACAUUUGAGAGGACAUUUAAGGAGCACCUUGAUGGAGGGCGAUCUGGUGGUGACAGCAUAUACAGAAUAUUUACCCACCAGCUUCCAACAGCUCUCGAGAAACUUCCAUUUGAUCGUCAUCUUUCCCUGCAGAAUAUAAAGAGGGUUAUCUCAGAAGCAGAUGGAUAUCAACCUCAUCUGAUUUCCCCAGAACAAGGCUAUCGUCGCCUUAUUGAAGUAGGCCUUAAUUAUUUCCAUGGUCCAGCUGAAGCCUCAGUUAAUGCUGUGGACUACAUUUUGAGGGAAAUCAUGAGAAAAUCAAUCUAUGAAACUGAGGAAUUGAGAAGGUUCCCAAACCUUAAAGUCGAGAUAGCAACUGCAGCAACCGAAGCUCUAGACAAGUUUCGGGCUGAAAGUAAAAAGACAGUCCUGAGAAUGGUGGACAUGGAAUCCUCAUACUUAACAGUAGAUUUCUUCAGAAAACUCUCUAAUGAAGCUGAAGCAGCAGAUCACCUCACAAAAGAUCACUUCAAGAGAAUCGGCUCAAAUGUCUCAUCGUACAUCUCUUUGGUUUCCAACACACUUAAGAACACCAUCCCAAAAGCCCUAGUCCUUUGUCAAAUUCGCGAGGCUAAAAAUUCAUUACUAGUUCAUCUCUACACUCGAGUAGGAAGAAAGGAGGAUCACCAGCUAGCCCGGUUGCUUGAUGAAGAUCCAGACUUAAUGGAGAAGAGACGGCAAUGUGAAAGAAAGCUACACCUGUACAAAGAAGCAUGGAAUGAAAUUGAUUCAGCCGUUUCAUUUCAGUGA